UUGACUCUUCUAUGAUCAUGUAAAAGCAUUUCAUAAGGAAAUUUUGUUUUUUGUCGAGCAUUAAUAGUGAGGUCUACUAAAAGAUUGAGUAUGCUUUGGGGUGUUUGCGUGAUGCUCAGUGACAAAACCUGACACAUUAGCUUAUACUUUGCACAUUUACAGUCAAAGUAGAAGGCUUUGUUAAUUAUCAAAAAAAAAAAAAAAAAUUAUAGAAUGUUUAAGGAAGAUAGUGCAAACAUACACUGAUGCUCAAGAAGGCCUUUAAGAGCCAGAUCUGCUUUCUGAACAGGAUGGUCGGUAUAAAUUAUUUUAUUUAUUUUGUCUUUUGGGACAUAUGUAUAUUCUUAGGGCAUUACUAAAUUAAUACAAUCUUUGAAAAAUGAUUAUUGAGCAUGUGAAUGUCUGUACCUUUUGUAAUGCAAUAGUCAACAUUUGAACUGGAUCAAAAAAGUUAAUUAAAGUUGUCCUAUGACAAGAACAGGUAUUGUGUGGUUUUAAACUAAGUUUUAAUAACGGUGUAGUUGUGUAUGGGCCCCUCAAAUGUCCUUAGUGUUAAAAGAUAAAUCUUAAGGUAUUGCUGGAAAAGGCUCAGUUGUGCAGAAGCGCAGGACCUGACAGAUUUGUUUGAUGGACAGUGGCAGUUUAAUGGCUAAAGAUAAAUAAGGCACAUAUUUACAUAUAUCACAAAACAUUAAAACAGUUGAUGAUCUUUCGUGUAGCAUUGAACAGUAUUAAAAAUCAAAUGUUUGUAAAAUUUGCAAAGUUUUGUUAUUGUGGAUUGUGGGCAAUAUGUCAACAUUAGUUUUGUGAAAUACCUUGUUCAGGGCAUUGUUGGGAAAUGCACCGCUGGUCAUGAGGCCCAUUCACUCCCAUAAUCGGAACAAAGAAUAUCAUGGAAGUGAAGAGGCCUCAUGAACGGUUUGUUUACAAACAUUGCGCAAAAUAUCUUCCUUCGUGUCAUCAAAAAAAAAGAAAGAAAUUAAUACAGGUUUGUACUGUAUCAACACGAGAGUGAGUACAUUGACAUAAUUUUUUUGUUAACUAUCCCUUUAAAUACUAACAUUUUGCAGAUUCGGCAAGGUUGGUAUAUGAUGUAAUUCCAUGAUGCUAUUACUGUCUAAAUGAACGGUCUUUACGUCACAGUCCAAAAUGAAAGUAAUGACAGAAUAUAAUAAAGUAGCAUUAUUGUAAAGAAGUGAUGUAAGCGUCAGCUGUUAAUACGGGGUGUUAAGGUCAGAGCAGUAGCAAAAGUUUACUAGUGUAUUACCAUGAUACUUAAAGCUUACCAUUUACUAUUGUAUAGCUCAGUAGAGCAUAGCAAGCAGCGCAAAAGGACAUGAAUUCGAACCCAGGGAACACACAUAUAAAAAGGUACACCUUGUAAUGCAUAGGUACCAUUAGAUAAAAGGCUCAAGUGUCUGCCAAAUGCGUAAAUGUAAAUAUAUUAAGAUUGGUUAUGUUUGUUUAAGGAUAAUAAUAAUCAUUUAAACAUUUUUUUUACUUUUUAAUAAUUUUUGUCCACGUUAAUAUUUCUGUUUGUGUGCUACUGCGUGGUAAUUUAAGCGCCUUAAAUUCUUUCAGUCUUUCAGAAGGUGUUGUAGAUGUGAUUAUUCUGCACUGCUGUAUUUCGACUCUAAGUGCCGCUGUUCAACUUUGUAUGCUUAUAGUGGCGUUGCUAUCCAUCCCUCUAACAAAACCUAUAGCAGUAGCAUAAUUCAGACUUCAUAAACGACGACACUGGAUGCUACAUAACAGACAAGCUUUUCAGCUUCGCCUCCAGAUUCUCUAAUCCGGAUGAGGCAUUUUGUAUGAAAUAUUCUAUAAUAUUCAUCAUUCGUUUUUUUUUUCGUUUUUUUAAUGCUCAGUCUUUGUUGUGCAAAAAUGGAGUCGGGAGGAAAAGGCUGGGUGUAUGGUUGGCUACUCUUCACAGUAUGCGCGCUUUCUUUAUUUGCGGAUGAAGUGACUGGACAGAUUCGUUAUUCAAUACCUGAGGAAAUGGCAGUGGGCUCGAUUGUUGGAAAUAUCGCCUCGGACCUUGGACUUGAACCGAAAAGACUGAUUUCAGGCAAAGCGCGUGUGUUUACCGCGGAGAGCAGUGAGUACAUUGGACUGGACAAAGAGAACGGACAUCUGGUUAUUAAGAAUAAAAUAGACAGAGAGGAAUUAUGUGGAGAGAUAUCCGCCUGUAGUGUCAGUUUUAAUGUUAUUUUGGAUAACCCGAUGGAGCUUUUCCGCGUUACAGUAGACAUACAAGACAUCAAUGAUAACAGCCCCGUUUUUCCGAAAUCGAAAAUAGAAAAGAAGAUCAGCGAAUUAGCGGUGCCCGGUGCGCGCUUUCCAUUAGAGAGCGCAGUAGACGCAGACGUGGGAGUGAAUACACUACAGAAAUAUACUCUUCAUCCCACCGAUUAUUUUAAAAUGAAUGUGCAGAGCGGUGCUGGUGGCAGCAAACACGUCGAAAUGAUUCUCCAUUCUCCAUUAGACAGAGAAAAAGAAAAACAUCAUAAUUUAAUCUUAACGGCCUUCGAUGGUGGAAAACCACAAAGAUCUGCGACUGUGCAGAUAAAUAUAGUUGUUCUUGAUGUUAAUGACAAUGCGCCUGUAUUUAGCCAAUCGUCUUAUAAAGCAUCAGUGGUUGAAAAUGCAGCUAAAGGUACAGUCGUUACAACAGUAAGUGCGACAGAUGCUGACGAGUCAAGUGAUGGUGUACAGUAUUAUUUUGAGCACGCGACCUCUGCAGUUAAAGCUUUGUUCUCCAUUGACGCGGAUUCUGGUGAGGUUAGAGUUAUAGGUGACAUAGAUUAUGAAAAACACAAGCAGUUUACAUUUAAAGUCAAAGCUAAAGAUCACGGAGAUUUGACUGACUCGAGUGAGAUCAUUAUUGAUGUCAUAGAUGUAAAUGAUAACACCCCAAAAAUUUCAAUAAUGUCUUUCUCCAGUUUUGUAUCUGAAGAUGCAGCACCUGGCACUGUUAUAGCAAUGUUAAAUGUUCAAGAUCUAGACUCAGGAGACAACAGUAAGAUUUCUUGCUCUAUUGAUGUGAACUCUCCAUUUAAAAUCAUAUCCUCAAUAACCAAUCAUUACAAUCUGGUGACAGAUUCAGAAUUAGACAGGGAACAGACAGCAGAGUAUAAUAUCACUAUUACUGCUGUUGAUGGAGGUAACCCAGCUCUGUCAAGUAAAGAGAUUUUUAGACUGAAAAUAUCUGAUGUGAAUGAUCACGCACCUCAGUUUGAGCAGGAAUCAUAUAAUGCUUUUAUAGCUGAAAAUAACCCACCAUCUACAACUAUUCUGUCUGUGAAAGCAGAGGACAUGGACUGGGGGCAAAAUGCAAAGAUUUCUUAUUUCCUUAUUGAUGGAGAUUUGAACGGAUCACCUCUGUCAUCUUACAUUUCCAUAAAUUCAGAAAGUGGUGUGAUCUAUGCAGUGAAAUCUUUUGAUUAUGAACAACUGAAAUCAUUCAAAAUGCAAGUUAAAGCUCAAGAUGGAGGCUCACCGCCUUUAUCCAACAAUGUGACUCUUAACAUCUUCAUUCAAGAUCAGAAUGACAACGCUCCUCAGGUUCUGUAUCCUGUACAAACUGGUGGUUCUGUGGUGGCUGAGAUUGUGCCUCGUUCUGCAGAUGUUGGUUAUCUCGUCACUAAAGUGGUGGCUGUUGAUGUGGACUCUGGACAGAAUUCGUGGCUCUCAUAUAAACUACAGAAAGCUACAGACAGAGCGCUGUUUGAAGUGGGUUUACAGAAUGGAGAAAUAAGAACUGUGCGACAGGUGACUGAUAAAGAUGCUGUGAAACAAAAACUCACUGUUGUUGUUGAAGAUAACGGACAGCCGUCACGCUCAGCUGUGGUCUCCAUUAAUGUGGCAGUUGCUGAUAAUUUUCCUGAAGUGCUUUCAGAAUUCACAGACUUUACUCAUGAAAAGGAAUACAACAACGACCUGACUUUUUAUUUAAUUUUGGCUCUUGCAGUAGUUUCACUGCUCUUCAUAGUCUCAAUUAUUGCAAUAAUCUCUGUGAAAAUCUACAGAUGGAGGCAAAAUAAGUUAUUUUAUAAAUCUGGAGCAAAUCUACCUGUAAUUCCAUAUUAUCCACCAGUUUAUGCGGACGGCACAUUACAGCAUGUGUAUAAUUAUGAAAUGUGUGGCACCACUGACUCAAGGAUGAGUGAUGUGAAGUUUGUCAGGCCCUACAGUCAGAACACACUCGUGAGCCAAAGUCAUUUGGGGACAGUACAGAGAGAACAGAAGAUACAAGAGAAUGAUGACAUUAAUUCAGAGGUGAGACGUUCAAAUAUCUCUUUUUGAUCAUUCGAAAAAAGGUCUUCAGGAUUUUUUUUUUAUUUUUUACAACUGAUAUAAAAAAAUCCUGUUCACAAGUUUGGAUUAGACCAUGCUCUUAAUAUAUAUUGAUGUCUUCUUGAGCAUGUGAAUGUUUGCAACUUUUGUAGUUGUGUAUUGGGCCCCUUAAAUGUCAUUGGUGUAAAAUUAUUAAUUUCAACAUCAUACUUGUGAAAAUGGCUUGGAAAUGCAGAAUUGCUUUGUCUGAUGAAUAGUGGGCAGUUCAAUGGCUGAAGACAAACAAGGCACUUGCGUAACAUUGCACAGUAUUAAAAUCCAGCGUUUGUAAAAGUUAUACCUUGACCCAUCCUUAGCCUACGUAUUUCCCAAAACUUUCUUAAUUAAGUUCUGUAAGUCAUACGUCUGUCAGGAUGUUCUGGACUUAUUAUCACUGUUGACAGUUCACUCCGCUAGUAGCCAUCACUGUGCAAAAUGCUUGACUACAUUUCAGUCUACAAAUAUAAUUUUGACGUUGUAAUGCACUCAAUGUUUGGUCAAAUUAUAGCAGCGAAUAGUUGUCCUAAAUUAAAGACGGACACUAUCCACAGGGCCAUUUAGUGUACUGCGUGCUGCAUCUUCUGGUGGCUCCCCUUAUUCUGAUAAAAUAAAUUACCCUUUAAAGGCAAGUUGCGUGGGGUGUUUGGUACAUCAUGUUGUAAGUUUUCACACUCAUUUCGAUAUAUGUAUAGCCUAAUAGCAUAUCCAGGGUUGGAGCUUGCAAUUUUGAUUAUUUUUACAAGAUAGCACGAGUCCUAUUGAUGCAAUUUUAUCUAUUUCUGAAAUAUUUCUUUUAUGAAGACCACUGCUCUCUCACAUAGCGCACGUAAGUAGCCCCUGUAUAGUGAAUAAUUGAUUGUCAAGCAAUGGAUGUCAACCAAUUCAGCACCAUCGCCAAGGACAGCACCGGUUAACGUCAUAUGUAAAGAAGUGUAAACUAUUAUUCGGGGAACAACACUGUAAAAAAAAUGAAGCAUGAAGUUAAAACAUCUUGGUAUUGCAAGUCAAUUCAAUCUUCUUUUUUAAGUUUUUAUUAUUCGUCUUAUUGUUUUUUAUCUCCAAAAAUUAAAUGAUAUUAACCAUAUUAACUACACACACGUGUGUAUAUGUACAUAUGUAAUUCCAUCUGAUACCAUAAGGAACUGUAUGAACACCACAGUCCAAUAAUAAUAAUAAUGACAAAAUAUAACUUAUUUUAAACAAGUAAGAGGCUGUGUAAGUGCAUAAACAGAGUGGUAAGGUCAGAGCACUAACAAAAAUACUAUGGCAUUUCCCUGAUUGGAUAAAAGUGUCUGCCAAAUGCGUAAAUGUAAAUAUAUUAAGAUUGGUUAUGUUUGUUUAAGGAUAAUAAUCAUUCAAAAAAAAUUUUUUUUUUACUUUUUAAUAAUUUUUUUCCACGGUAAUAUUUCUGUUUGUGUGCUACCGCGUGGGAAUUUUAGCGCCUUAAAAUCUUUCAGAAGGUGUUGUAGAUGUGAUCAUUCUGCUCUGCUGUAUUUCGACUCUAAGUGCCGCUGUUCAACCUUGUAAUCUUCUACUGGCGUUGUUUUCCAUCCCUUUAACAAAACCUAUAGCAGCAGCAUAAUUCAGACUUUAUAAACGACGACACUGGAUGCUACAUAACAGACCAACACAUCGCUUUUCAGCUUCGUCUCCAGAUUCUCAAAUGCGGAUGACGCAUUUUGUAUGAAAUAUUCAAUAAUAUUCAUCAUUCGUUUUUUUUUCCGUUUUUUUAAUGCUCAGUCUUUGUUGUGCAAAAAUGGAGUCGGGAGGAAAAGGCUGGGUGUAUGGUUGGCUAUUCUACACCGUAUGCGCGCUUUUUAUAUUUGCGGCUGAAGUGACUGGACAGAUUCGUUAUUCUAUCCCCGAGGAAAUGGCAGUGGGCUCGAUUGUUGGAAA